AUCUUUGUUGGUGGUAUUUAACAGAGAUGACAGGCAAACAAACUGAAAUAUAGAAAAGCAGAGACUCCAUUCUUACCUAAUUUUCCUAACAUUUACCAAGAGAUUUCUUUAAGACUAUUUUUGUCUUGAGCUGGGGGUCUAUUGGAAGCAACUUUUGUACCUCACCUCUGAGGAGUAGUGGUACGGACUGUGUACAUAGUACCCUAGAUACACCGGGGAGUUCAAUUUUCCCACAGACUCUUUGGCUGCUGAUUGCCUCUCCUAUGUCCAGACUGAUGAUGCUUGGAUGCACCAAUUCAUUUGCAUUAUUUCGACCUAAAUUUAAUGGCCAUCUGUUUCCCUCCAUAUACCACAUAAAUGUGUCAUCCUUGAUGAGGCACGUGUCUUCCACCACUGCUCUCUCCUUUUGUCAGCUUCAGGCAUCAAAACUUCAUGAUAGUCCAGUCACCGUUGCAAGUGAUGUUAGAUAUGGUGGUAAACGAAUUAUAAGUGUUGAUUCGCCACUGUAUGACUACAUACUGUCAAAUGUUAGAGAACCAAAGAUUUUGCGUGAACUUAGGGAGGAGACAGCAACAAUGCGAGGCAGUCAGAUGCAGGUGUCACCGGAUCAAGCACAACUACUUGCUAUGCUCGUCCAGAUUCUUGGAGCAAAAAGGUGCAUUGAAGUGGGCACAUAUACUGGAUAUUCAUCCUUGGGUGUUGCCCUGGUCCUUCCAGAAGGGGGCUGUUUAGUUGCUUGUGAAAGAGAUGGCAAAUCAAUCGAAGUUGCACAAAGAUAUUAUGACCGAGCUGGUGUGUCACAUAAGGUGGACGUGAGACAUGGUCUAGCAGCAGAUACUUUGAAGUCUUUGAUUCAAAAUGGUGAAAUUUGCAGAUAUGAUUUUGCUUUUGUUGACGCAGAAAAGAGAAUGUAUCAAGAGUACUUUGAGUUGCUUCUACAACUGGUGAGAGUUGGGGGUCUUAUUGUAGUGGAUAAUGUCCUAUGGCAUGGAAGGGUUUCUGAUCCACUGGUAAAUGAUUCCAAGACUCUUAGCAUUAGAGAUUUUAAUGAAAAUUUGAUGAAGGAUAAUCGCGUUGACAUCAGUAUGGUGCCUGUUGGUGAUGGUAUGACGAUCUGUCGAAAAAGAUAAGCCUAAAAAGAGAUUGGAACAGAGCUAUGGAUUAUCUCGGACCUAGACCGAGGUAUUGAUGGUGAUUUUCUAAUCUGAUGUUUCGUAACAGAAGAGCCGCUUUCAAGUAGUAUGUUGAACUACCUUAGCCAGCCAUUUCAUGCUUGUUUAGUCUAAAGUUUCCAGUGCAAUAUUUUGAUAUUCACUUUUUCAUUUGUAAAAGAAAGCUUAUAGAACUUACUUGGGACUUUUUGUACCCUGAUCUAUUUUUUGUACUCUGAUCUAUUUCUUUCGUAGGUGUCGUUUGGUAGAGUGUAUUAGAAAAAAUAAUACAAGCACUAGUUUUGUGUAUUACGAAUAUCUUAUUUGGUACA